CUGCGGGGAACAUCAAAGAAAUAAUAAGGAGAAGGCAUUAAUUUAGAGUUGGGUGGGGUGAAGAUUAAAGGAAGAUACCAGUUUGACGAAUUUUAAUAAAAAGGUGAGGUGGACCUUCACAAUUCAAGAAUACAUGCAAGAAAAUGAGUAUGCGGAAGUUGGAACACGCUCAAGUGAAAGAAGUGCAUCCUAUUAAAGUUAUUGAGAAUGCAACAGAGAAGAGAAGACUGACCUUUGAUUUUUACUUAGAAGUAGGAGCCCCUUAAAUCCAAAACCUCAAAAAGAAAAAAAAUUACUAGCAUGAUUUCUAUUUCAUUUAUCUCAUUUUUAUAAUUUGAUUAAGGAAUAACUAUUCUAUCAACCAAACAAGUUGAUAAGAAUAAGAGCAUUAAACUUGCAGAAUUCAGAUUUCAGUCUUAUUUCUGUUGCAGCUGGCUUGUUCUUCAUUCCUUACAAACUAAAUGCUCGAAUCAAACAGGCAAAACACCAAAAUGAUAGAAUAAAACACACAUAAAUUAUAAUUUAGCACACAGAAAUCAGAAUUCAGAUUGUAGUCCUAUCUGGUUUCAUAGCAAGCUGCAGUUAGCUCUUCUUACAAUAGAAGAUGCAAACCAUACAAGCAGACUUUGAUUUGUUAUUUGUUAUUAUCAUUGGACCAGCAAGACAGAAUCAAGAAGUUGAGUCCUCGAAGUGUGAAAAAGCAUACAGAAACUUAAAACAAUCCCCCAAGGUGAUUUCCUCUUAUUUUCACAGAAGUAAUGCAACAUGAUUGUGUGAAAUGGUUAUGUUGAAAUUAUGGGUGAAUGUAAUUAUUUGGACUAUGAUUGUGUUAUAAAAAGUUACUUAUUUGGACAAUAUUAUUGAAAGAACCCUCUAAUUCCUAUCUUUUUAUGUGUUUAGCAUAAAAGAAGUUAUAAAUCUAUGACAGUCUAAGCUUAGGAAGAUGCCUGUUUGGAAAAUUUUAACAGAAAGGUACACUGGGCCAGAGAGUUUGAUAUCAGAAUUCAAUAAUAAAAAUAACUAGGAGUGUGAAACACGCUCAAGUCAGCUUAAAAGAAAUGGCAGACCAUUGACUUGUUGACUUACCUGCUCUGGUAUCUCUCAAGCUAGAAAACACAAGUUAAUUAAGACAGAUUUGAAUUAAUCAACUUUGGAAAUUUUAGUUUCCUCUCUUGGAAGCAACUAUGCAACAGACAACAAGACUUGAACUUUGAUUUAUGAGCAGGAGCUCCUUAAAUCAAAAACCUAAAAGAAA